AUGGCUUUGAACUUGGAAAGGCAGCUUCUCUUUUAUGGCGCCUACCAUAAUAAUCCCGUAAACAUUGCCAUCCACAUCACAUGUGUGCCAAUCCUCUUAUUUACGGGAAUUGCACUGGCUUCCAACUCUCCCGUCCUCUUUAACGUCCCCGAUGUCCUACGCUUCGAAAACCUCCCGGCUAAUGUCGGAACGAUUGGCGCGUUGAUAUAUGCCACCUUCUAUAUUCUUUUGGAGCCCGUCGCCGGUGGCCUAGUCGCGCCGCUCCUGCUCGCAGGCGCGGCCUUCGCCAACCAUCUCCUCAUCACAUACGGUCCCAGCAUGAACUACUGGUUUGGGGGCAUCCAUAUCGCGUCCUGGUUGGUGCAAUUCGUCGGUCACGGAGUCUUCGAAGGACGGGCUCCCGCGCUCUUGGACAAUUUGGUUCAGGCCCUCCUCCUGGCUCCUCUGUUCGUUUGGAUGGAGAUUCUGUUCUUCUUCGGAUACCGCCCGGAACUGAAGGCCCGAUACGACGAGAGCGUCAACAAGCAAGUCGCGGCGUUCCGGGAACAGAAGAAGAACAAGGAUGCCGCGAAGCAGUAG